AUGCAAUUCUCGUCAGCGACUGAUAAAGUGUUUAUAACUAUCGGGACAAUCGCCGCAUUAGUCGGUGGCAUCUCAUGGCCAGUAAUGACUAUAUUGUUUGGCGAUAUCACAGAUAUAUUUGUUGAUUACGAGUAUUACAUGAAUAAUCCGACGGCAAACGCAACAGUCCUUACAUACGACCAGUUUAUGACAAAGAUCUACGAAUUGAGUGGUUCUUUAUUAGGAAUCGCUGUCUUGUUUUUGAUCACAAACUUUCUGCUAAACAUGUGUUUCUUAAGAGCCGCUCACAACCAGAUCCAUACCAUUCGUAUCAAAUACUUCACAUCUGUGUUAAAACAAGACAUCUCGUGGUUUGAUUCCAUACCCAUCGGAGAAUUCUCCUCAAGAAUCACAGCUGAUUUGAAACGAGUUGAGGACGGAAUCGGCGAGAAGUUGGGCUUUGCUUUCUAUCACACGUCAGCGAUGGCCGUCAAUCUGAUCAUCGCUUUCAUCUAUGGCUGGAAAUUAACUCUUGUGGUGCUGGCGAUGGCACCCCUGUUGGGCGGCGCCACAGCCAUCAUGACAAAGGUUCAGGCGACGUUUGCCCGCAAAGAGACCGAGUCGUACGCCAACGCCGGAAAUGUUGCCGAAGAAGUGAUUUCCUCCAUCAGAACCGUGUUUUCGUUUGGCGGCGAAUCCAAAGAGACGGACCGAUACGUGAAGAAUCUUCAGCCGGCGAUGAAGAGCGGAAUUCGGCGCAGUUUUAUGACUGGUUUGGGAACGGGUCUGAUGUGGGCGUGUCUGUACUGUGGCUUUGGACUCGGCAUCUGGUAUGGCGUCAAACUGAUUAUCCUAUCGGACCAGACGGGCGAUGGUGUGUACACUCUCGGCAAAAUGGUGAUAGUCUUCUGGUGUGUGACCGGAAGCGGUUGGAAUAUGGGAUACAUUGCACCACAUAUAGAGGCCAUUCAAAUCGCCAGAGGCACAGCCCGUACGGUGUUUGACAUUAUCGAUAGACAACCCAUUAUUGAUAUUUCGUCCGAAAACGGAGAGAAAAUCAAGAAUUUUGAGUCCAAUAUUGAAUUCAAAAAUCUUAAGUUCAGUUACCCGUUGAGACCAGAGGUGCAGAUCCUAAACGAUUUCAGCUUAAAGAUAAAAGCGGGCGAAACCGUGGCUUUGGUGGGGCCGUCGGGUUGCGGAAAGAGUACUUUGAUUCAAUUGAUUCAACGCUUUUACGACACUCUUAGCGGCGAAGUGUUAAUCGACGGCAAGAAUGUAAAGAAUUUGAACGUCGAAUGGCUUCGGCGACAGAUCGGUGUCGUCGGUCAGGAACCGGUUCUCUUUGACACAUCCAUCGCCGCCAACAUCUGUUUGGGCUCUAAGAAGGAGAGUAUAUCGCAAGAGAAUAUCGAAACGGCCGCCAAAGAGGCCAAUUGUCACGAAUUCAUUGACAAAUUACCGCAAAAAUACGACACAUAUGUUGGCGACAGAGGGGCGCAACUGAGCGGUGGACAGAAACAGCGGAUAGCUAUUGCCCGGGCGUUGAUCUCACAGCCGAAGAUACUGUUGUUGGACGAGGCGACCAGCGCUCUGGACCUGCAGAGUGAGCAUCUGGUACAGGCGGCUCUCGACAAGGCCAGCAAAGGCCGCACAACCAUAAUAGUCGCCCACCGGUUGUCGACAAUCAUAAACUCGGAUCGCAUUAUAUUCAUCGACGGCGGAAAAGUGGUCGAAAGCGGCACUCAUUCCGAGUUAAUGGCAGCGAAGGGCGCGUACUAUAGGCUCGUGAACGCACAGAAGGCCGCAGCGCCCAGAGAUAAGGACGACAAGUAUGACAACGCUCUCAACGAACAACUAUUCAAAAGGUCGACAACAGUGGACAGCGAUCCGAACUCAUUGCUCGGCAAAGAAGUUCCCGACAAAAAGGACACCGAAGAGGAGAUCGUGAAAGAGUUCUCGCAGAUGAGACUUCUUAGGCUUAUUUGGAUCGAUAAGACUUACGUAAUACUCGGUAUUUUGUGUUCAACUCUGUUCGGUCUCAACGUUCCCGCCUAUGCCUGGAUUUUUGGCUCAUUAGUCGACGCCUUCGCCAAUACUACAGACAACGGCGUCCUCUACGACGAGUCCGUCUGGUGUGCCAUAUAUUUNGUAUUUUUCGACGCCUUCGCCAAUACUACAGACAACGGCGUCCUCUACGACGAGUCCGUCUGGUGUGCCAUAUAUUUCGUUAUAUUGGGCGGAGCCAUAGCUUUUGCCGCACUAACCCAGAUUUCAAGCUUUGGUGUCGCGAGUGAGAGACUGACGAUGAGAUUACGGAAACAGGCGUUUAACGCUAUAUUAAGGCAAGAAAUCGGUUGGUUUGAUAAAAGCGAGAACAGCACCGGUAGUCUGUGCUCACGACUGGCCUCCGACGCGGCAAAUAUACAGGGCGCUUCUGGAUCGCGAAUGUCUGCUAUAUCUCAAGCGAUGUCCACAUUCAUAGCUUCGUGUAUAUUCGGCUUUUUCUACAAUUGGAAACUAAGUCUCGUUACUCUGGCAUUCAUGCCAUUCAUUAUCUUCUCGGUCGUGGUUUCCAUGAAAAUUGUCUCAAAACACUCGACCAGCGAUAAGGAAGCGGCCGAAAAGGCCUCAAAGAUUGCCAUCGAAGCGAUCGGCGGUAUUCGCACUGUUGUCUCACUAAACCAACAAAAAUAUUUUCUACACAAAUUCACUCAAGUAUUGGCCGAAAAGAUAAAGCCAGCGAAGAGGCGCUGUAUAUACAAUGCCAUAGCACUUGGUUUUGCGGAAUCGAUGCCUAUGUUUGCCUAUUCGGCUGCCUUUCUAUACGGAGGUGUUCUCAUAUCCAAGAACAACAUCAAAUCCGGUGACUUUUUCAAAAUUAUUGAGACAAUGCUUUACGGAGCGAUGGUUAUCGGCCAGAGUGUUAUCUUUGCGUCCGAUUAUCAAAAGGCAAAGAUUUCGGCACAAAAUAUGUUUCGUCUGAUAGACAGACAGCCGUUAAAUCAGAGCAAUAAUAACAGCCCUAAUGAGAAGCCCAGUGAAUGUAAGGGUGAGCUCUCGUUCCGAGGCAUUCACUUCUCGUAUCCAAAUCGGUCUGAAGUGAGUGUUUUGAAUGGACUGUCAUUUAAGGCCAAAAAGGGAGAGACAGUAGCGCUCGUCGGCUCCAGUGGUUGCGGAAAGAGUACUACUAUUCAACUGUUGGAGCGUUUCUACGAUUCAGCUCAAGGAAAGAUUUUAUUAGACGGCAAUGAUGUGCGAAAUUUGGACACAUCAUGGCUUCGGUCGCAAAUGGCUUUAGUAUCUCAGGAGCCGAUUCUCUUCAGUUACAACAUUAGGGAUAACAUCGCUUAUGGAGACAACUCUCGGUUUGUAGGCAUGGAUGAGAUCGUAGAGGCCGCCAGAAAGGCCAACAUUCACGAGUUUGUCAAAGACUUACCACAAGGAUAUGAUACUAAUGUUGGCAAUAAAGGCACUCAACUAUCAGGUGGUCAGAAGCAACGUAUCGCUAUCGCCAGGGCUUUGGUCAGAGACCCGAAAAUACUAUUGUUAGACGAGGCAACCUCUGCCCUCGACUCCAACUCUGAAAUGUUGGUGCAAAAAGCAUUGGACGCGGCGUCUAAAGGGAGAACAUGUAUAGUAAUAGCCCAUCGAUUAACUACAAUACAAAACGCCGACAGAAUUAUUGUUAUGCAAAAAGGGGUGUCUAUUGAAGAGGGAAGACAUCACGAGUUACUCGAGAAUAGAGGCCCUUAUCAUCAGUUAUAUAGCGUUCAAACAGAAUAAUCGUUAAGUAAUAAAGAGUGAGUGAGUGAGUGAGAGAGAGAGAGAAAGA